AUGCCUACUUCUUUCUCAUUGUUCACUACACAAAAAUCGAAAUCAAAACCUUCAACAUCUUCUUCCAAAUCGACUUCCGAAUCCAAAUAUGAACAAACCUCAGAAAACAUGCCAAAGUCAACUUUCAGUCCUGAGCUUACGACCAACUUUACUUCAUCGCCAGUUGUGAUUCCUACCCGAGGCCACCACGAUAGUUUCAAAAAUGGGUUGGGAUUUGAACCAAGAAAGGAUCGUCGACAAACUACCAAAAAGUACUCGACACGUUCAGGUCGUCGCCCCCACGAUGUCCAUUCGCCCGAUGCGAUCCCUCCUUCUGUCGCCGCCCUGUUGGCGAUUACCGCCAUUCCACCUCCUAAAUCACACAACAGCGUUCGCAGACAAGCUACAUCUAGACAAAGGUUGACGGUGGAUGCUAUAUUACAACAUACUGCUGUUUCGGAGAAAGAAAUGAGUAUAACGUUCGGGAUGAGUCCUAUGGAGUUGUUGUUGAGUCCUCCAGAAGACAUCGAUUCGACCGAUUGUUGUGGUUCGGAGAACGGGCCCGGAUCGGUAUUGUCGAGUAGGACUACAUCGAGCGAAUCCGUACCAUCGUUGGAUGAUGCCUCUCUCAGUGAUGCUUCCACUACACCAGGCUCAAUAAUAACACCGAGUUCCAGAGGCAGAAGGUCUUUGCCAACACGAAGGUAUCAACCAUCGUUUUCAGGCGAAAGUACUUUGCACGACCAUCCCUUAUCAGAUGUGGAUGUUGAAGAGCUUGACUUUAGAGUCUUCCAACGAGCAUUAGAUUUACCCAAGGAUCAACAACCUAUUGCCGGUGUCGAACCCCCACGUCGCAAGUCCGCAUUUAAAUCAAACUUGACUGCAUCAUUGCGUGCUCUGAGGUCCGCGGCAAAAUCAUUCUCGAGUCUCACAGCACCUAUGAUCACGCCUGAUGAUUUUCUUACAAGAUCUAUCAUGUCAAUUGACCCGAAAGUCCCGUUUACGGAUGAAAGGAUGCCACCUCUACUGGUUGAUACACCUACUCCAGCACUACGUCGUUAUCUCAACCCCACUACAAAUGCACCCAUGGAUGCUCAUGUGCCAACAUCUCUCACUCAAACAAUGAGUGCUACACAAUGCACAGCAUCCAUUCAGAUGCAAACCUACAAGGUUUCCAAGUCUCCAAGGGAUACUCCGCCAGCCGGACCCAACAGGCGCGGACAAGCAAAUUCUGAGCAGGCUUUCGCCGAGGUUGCCACCGGUCCAGUCGCACGUCAACGCGAUAUGAGGGAGAAUAGUGAUUUUAUCCGAAUUGCAGUCAUGGAAAUGGCAAUGCGAAAAAAUGGAAAGUUGGAUGACCGCAAACCGGGAAGAGCGAGAUGGGCUCUACCACCCAGACAGGCAUCCAGCAAACCUUACGAAAUUGGAAACGAUGGAGUUCCUCUUCGAUGGACUGCACUUACUUACUAA